AUGUCAAAUCAAAGAAAAGAACCACUUUCUGAAGAUAAGUUAAAUAAUUAUGGUAUGUCAUCAUUCUCAAAUGUAAGUUCUUCUUAUAUAAUUAAAAAAAUUCCUCAAAACCCAUUUUCUGAUCCUGAAACAACUACUUUAUAUCAUUCAUAUGAUAAUUAUCAUCCUUUUAAUCAUCAAAAUUCAUUCUUUCAACCAUGUUCUGUUAAUUAUAAUCAAUCUGACUAUCAACCAACUUAUGACUCUUUUGAUUACGCACAAACUAAAGAACUUCAAGUAUCGUCUAUUCCUGAAAUACAACAAAGUCAUGUAGUAAAUUCAAACCUUCCUAUUUCAGUUAGUCCAGUUCAAACGAAUAAACAUUUAGGAACAAUAAGAAAACAGACUUUAACUAAUAAAGAUGAUGAUGCUAUUAUAAUAUCCAAAAGUCUUAAACCAACUGCUCUGAUAGAACCACCGAAGUUACCUAAAAGAAAAAAUGAGUUACCUAAAAGAAAAAAACAAUAUAAAACUAAAGACACUUCAAAACUUUAUAAAGUCGUACCAUUGACAUUACAAACUAAACCUACAACCACCUCUGAACAACCAGUAAUUUUAACAAAAGAAAAUCAAAUUUCUAAGUCUGAAUCAUUUCCACUAAUUCAAGAAGAAAAUAUUUCUUUAAAUCCUGAAGGUCCUUUAACUACAUUAUCUACUUCAAAAAGUUCUACAAAACCAGAAACUUCUUCUAUUAAUCAUAGUCAUAUUUUUAACUUCACUCAUAUUACUUCAUCUCAAUCAAUACCUUCACAACUUCCUAUUUAUUCUUCAUAUCCUUUAAAUAGUACUACUUCAUAUAACCUUCAUCCAUUAAGUCAACAAAUACAUUCAUCUGGUGUUAUUGAACCUGCAAAAAUAGUUGUUUCUCCAGAAUCAUCUAUUGACCCUCAAAUAGAUAAAUCUAAUAAUGUUCAAUAUCGAUCCCCUAACUCUCUUAUUCUUCCAUCCCUACAUGACUCGACUGCUCCUAUAGUCACACACUCUCCUAUGCUAAUGAAAAGUAAUUCUAAUAUUCAACUUCCUCCAACUAAAGUGUCUUUAAAAACAAAUUCUUCUGAAAAUGAAGAAUUUCCUCAUCCUUCUUCAUUACCAUUAACAUCACAAGAAGACCUAAACCAAACACUAAAUUUAAAUAAUAGUUCAUUGGCAGAGCCAAAAUUAUUACGUAGUAGUAAUGUCACAAGGAAUGUUUCAUCAAAGAAAAUUCAUAUUUUUAAUCUUAAAGAAAAAGAGGGUAAUCAACAAGAUUUAUCUGACUCUAUUAUAACGCCACUAGCACAAAUAACCCAAGAAAAGAUAAUGAUGAAUAUAAAAGAAAUAAACAAAAUAGACAAAAGUAUUGAAGUAGAGGAAAAUCAAUUAAGCGAAAAAAUAAGAUUAAACAAAAAAUUUCAAAAAAGAAGCGAUGGGCCCUAUCAAGAAACUGAAAGUGAGCCAAUGGAAAAGAGAAAACACACAAUAAGUCUUAAUGAAAAAAUUAGUAUGAAAGUUAAAGAAAUACCUUCAAUUACGUCCAAUGAAGAAAGUAUCGAAAGUAGUAAAGAAAAAGAAGAAAUAAUUGAACAAGCUGAUCUAGACAAAUUACAAGGAAUAGACACAAGAGUAUUUACUUCUGAAUUUAAGUUAUUCAGAAAAAAAGAAGCAAAAAUUUUUUCUCUUAUAAAGUCAUCAAUGGAAAAAGAAAAUAAUAAACUAUUUGGUAAACCUUGGAAAGAAAAACUCAAAACAGGGACAUCUGAUCAAACCCAUCUUUUUAUUAAUUCAUUAACAUUAAAAUAUAUUAAUACACAACCCCUUAACAAUGAAGACUCAACAAUAGAAGAAGAAAAAGAAGUACAUUCUAUUGAAGUGUUAACAAAUACAAAACCAGAAACAAAAAAAGAGAGUGAUUUAAAUAAUACUUCCAAUCCAUUAACAAGUAAUGACUUAGAAAUUGAUAAUUAUAAUAAAGAAGAAAUAAAAGAAAUUGAUAAAGAAAAAGAACAAAAAAGUGAAGAAAAAGAAAUUAUUAACAAAGAGACUGUAGAACUUGAAGAUCUAAAACUUUUAAAUAAGAAAAAAAAGAAAAGUACUGUAAACAAAAAAGAACAAGAAUUUGAUUUUCAAAAAGCAGAAGAUAACUCUUUUGAUUUACCAUCUUCUACUGGUGGAAUAGAAAAGGUAGAAACUAAAGAGGUGAAAGAUCAACCUCCUCUUGAAAGUUCUACUAUAAAUGAAUCUUCUCAUGAUUUAGUAACUUCAAAAAAACAAAGUAAACGAUCUGAGGCACACGGACCAACAGACGAACAAUUAAAAAGUGGUGAAGGUGUAUUGAAAGGAAAUUAUUAUCUCAGGUCACGAGAUUCAAGAACGUCUGUUGAUAUCUUUCAACCUGAUUUUCCCGCAAGUAGAACAAGGUCAACAAAGAAGAAAACAAAAAAAUUAGUAGAGAAAAAAACAGGACAUGAAGAAGCAGAGGAAGAAAGUACUAAUGUUCAUUCAACAGAAGAAGAACAAACAAAAAAAAGACAAAGAUAUUCAACACGUAAAAAAACUAAAAGAAGAAUUAUUAAUAAAACAUUAAAAAGUAAGUUUCAAGAAAUAGACCAAUCAAAUUCUCAAAAAUCUGAAGAAGAAAAACCAAAAAGGAAAUUAUCAAAGAAAUAA